AUGUAUUGGAGAGAGAGCAGAGUGAUUUACAAGGAUGCUCCCAGCAAUGAGAAACUCCAGCGAUGGGAAUACAGUGAACAAGUUGGGACUGUUCUCGUUGGACAGAAGGGGGCUGCUCUGACCUCUCUCUCUUCCUGGAUAAGGUUCAAGAUCGUCUGGAUGAUCUUCUUCGCCCUGGGACUUGGGACCCUGUUACCCUGGAAUUUCUUCAUGACAGCGAUUGGGUAUUUUAAGUACCAGCUGCGAGAUGUGAAUGUUACCACGGACCGUUUACAUCUGAAUGGAACAGAUGAAGUUGAUGGAACCGAUGGGGUCCGGGAAAACUACCUGCAGGGGAAGUUUGGGAAUAUGAUGACCCUGUGUGCCAUGUUGCCGUUGCUGAUCUUCAGCUGCCUCAACUCUAUCUUGCUCCAGCGGAUCCCAGAAGUGGUCCGGAUCAGCGGAUGUCUUGCUGCUAUCUUCAUUCUCUUCCUCCUCACGUCUAUCCUGGUGAAAGUCUCUCUGGAACCCAUUGUCUUCUUCAGUGUCACUAUGUUGACUAUCGUCCUCAUCAACAGUUUCGGGGCUGUCCUCCAGGGCAGCAUCUUUGGCUUGGCCGGGUUACUGCCUGCUUCAUAUACUGCGCCGAUCAUGAGCGGGCAGGGAAUGGCAGGAACAUUUGCAGCAUUCGCCAUGAUCUGCGCCAUCGCAAGUGGCUCUUCACAAACUGACAGUGCCUUUGGGUACUUCAAUACAGCGUGUGUGGUCAUCCUGCUGGCCAUUCUCGCCUACCUUGCCCUCCCCUACUUGGAGUUCUCUCAAUAUUACUUCAAUAAGGGGAAAAGUGAAUGGAAGAAGGACAAGGGGAAAGAGAAGGACAGGGUCUGCAAGAUGGACCUGAUCAAACAGGCCGAGGAUCUCAAACAAAAAGCAAAAAGGGCAGAAUGUGGUCAGUGGAAAUAA